UGCAGUAUUGUACUGCGCCCUCUCUUGACUAGUUAUUUUUCUCAACAUGGCGGAACGUCAGAAUCGACGACGAAAGAAGAGAGAUGAAGGGCAAGCUGACAAACCAACUGAUGAGGAGACUGCAGUUGGGAAACAUCUUCGCUUCAACCUUGCCACCAAAAACAGCAACUUCAUGGGCCACAAGGUGGACUAUUUUACAGGGUCUAAAGCCGUUGAUAUGCUUUUAGACUCUAAGUGGGCAUCAGGCAAGAGCAGUACAGACAUCUUAUUUACAGACAGGAACUCAGUGGUACAGUACCUUGACCGACUUUUGCAGAAGGGGAUGUUCCAUCGUGCCCUAAAAGUGGUGAAAAAAAGUAAGAAAGACGAGAAAAAAGAUAAGGAGGGUAAGAAGGAGGACAAGUUACAAGAUGUAAAGAAGGAAGAAACCAAAAGCAAGAAAGACAAGAAGCAAGACAAAGUGGAUAAAGACAAAGUGGAUAAAGAGGUUAAUGAUAGGGAAGAGGGAACACCAAAAGCUAAGAAGAGCAAGGAAGGCAAGAGGAAGAUAAAACUUGAGCCCACAGACGAUCAGUACUUCAAAGAUGGAAGUGAUGCAUACGUGUGGAUUUAUGACCCAAUCAAACCCAUGUACUAUGUAUAUGGUUUGUUGCUAGUUGUUGGAGCGAUAGGAGUUUGUUUGUUUCCUCUGUGGCCACCAUGGAUGAGAGCUGGCACUUACUAUUUAAGUCUUGGUGGGGCUGGUGUAGUGGGAAGUGUACUGGCUCUAGCGAUUGUGCGCCUUGUCAUGUUCGUCCUUCUGUGGGGUUGUACUAUUGGGAGAUUUCAUCUCUGGAUAUUUCCAAAUCUUCUUGCCGAUGUUGGAAUACUCGAAUCAUUUCAACCUGCCUAUCAACUCGACGUCAACAAACCAGACACAAAAUCUUCCAAUACCACAACUUUGACGACUGAAGAAGAGACAAAAGAAACAGAGGAAGAAAAGGGAGUAACAAGUGAUGACGUACAAGAGGAGGAUCCAGAUAAACAGAAUGAGGAAGAAGAAGAGGAAGAUGAAGAAGAAGACGAUAAUGGAAGUCACUCCAGUUCUAAUCCUGAUCAUCAAGAUGAAUUUGAAUUUAUUGAGCAAGAUGAGGUGUCCGCUGCAUCGGAGGAAUCACAACCAAGUAUUUCGAGACAAUAACUCGUACUCGUACUGGAAAUUUGGUUUUAAAGGAUGUGCACACAGUCAGACAGUAUUGGUAAGAUUUAAAAUAUAAAUGCUCACAGAUAUACACUUCAUAAUACAUGGUAUAAAGAUGGUCAUGGUUGAAAACAUCCCUUGAAAUAGUUUUGCUCGAAAUGCUGAAGUCUUUAGAAAUAAAUGAAACGAUAGUUUAGAUCUUGCGAGCUGCAUUCAGAUUUUUGUUUGUAAUUGGUGAAAACAUAUACUGGGGUUUUCACUAUUUUCUUGUGAUUUUCAUGACCAAUUGCGCUUAAAUUCUCACAGGUUUUGUAUUUCAUGUUUAUGUUCAGUUACAAAAAGUGUGGGUUACUAGUGUUUGACAAUAAGCAAUUUGCAUGUUAGAUUUUAACUUUGUCUGGUAUAAUGACGCGCUUGAGCGUUAUAAUCACCACUAAAGUUUGAAUUCCUCAGACUACAGAGCAAUUGCUAUGUCACAUGAUUAGGGGUAAGCUUUUGCGUAGUUACGUAAGAA